ACGGAGGGGACGGAGCGAGGGAGGAGGUGGGUGGCGUCCGGGUGGGUGGGCAGAGUCCAUGUCGGUAACGGUGCGGUGGCUCGGUGAGCUGGACUGGACUGACUGACUGACCGACCGACCGACCGACCGACGUACCUUUUCAUCCCGGUUCAUCGGGGCCCCCAGAGAGGGAAGGAAAGAACAGCUCUCAGUUCUCGCGAAGAUGAUCCACAGUUUGUUCCUCGUUAACUCCUCGGGGGACAUCUUCCUGGAGAAGCACUGGAAGAGCGCGGUGAGCCGAUCGGUGUGCGAUUAUUUUUUUGAGGCCCAGGAAAAGGCGGUGGAGGCGGACAACGUGCCCCCUGUGAUCCCAACUCCUCACCAUUACCUGGUCAACAUAUACCGGGAGAGGAUCUUCUUCGUGGCCGUCAUCCAGUCCGAAGUGCCUCCUCUCUUUGUCAUCGAGUUCCUCCAUCGAGUGGUAGAAACUAUACAGGACUAUUUUGGAGAAUGCUCCGAAGUUACAGUUAAAGAUAAUGUUGUGAUCGUGUACGAGCUUCUGGAAGAGAUGUUAGAUAACGGUUUCCCAUUGGCAACCGAAUCCAAUAUCUUAAAAGAACUGAUUAAACCCCCAACCAUCCUUCGUUCUGUGGUCAAUACUAUUACAGGAAGCAGUAAUGUAGGAGACCACCUUCCCACGGGACAACUAUCUAAUAUUCCUUGGCGAACGGCAAGAGUAAAAUAUACCAACAAUGAAGCAUAUUUUGAUGUUACAGAAGAAAUUGAUGCCAUAAUUGACAAAUUAGGAUCAACUGUCUUUGCUGAAAUCCAGGGUGUUAUAGAUGCUUGUAUCAAGCUGAGUGGAAUGCCUGACCUCACCCUUUCCUUUAUGAAUCCAAGACUGCUGGAUGAUGUUAGUUUUCACCCAUGUGUCCGUUUUAAAAGAUGGGAAGCUGAGCGAGUUCUGUCAUUCAUUCCUCCAGAUGGAAACUUUCGUUUGAUGUCUUACCAUGUCAGCUCUCAAAAUUUGGUAGCUCUACCUGUUUAUGUGAAACACAACAUCAGUUUCCACGAAAAUGGAUCUACAGGACGAUUUGACAUAACAAUUGGUCCAAAACAGACAAUGGGAAAGACUGUGGAGGGUGUCCUUGUUACUGUUCAUAUGCCUAAAGUUGUGCAGAAUGUGAACCUUACUGCAGUACAAGGAAAUCACACAUUUGAUCCAGUCACCAAGUUGUUAGUAUGGGACGUUGGAAAGAUUACCCUGCCAAAGCUACCAAGUCUGAAGGGAUUGAUCAGGCUACAGUCUGGAGCUCCCAAGCCAGAGGAGAAUCCAUCUCUCAAUAUUCAAUUUAGGAUUCAACAGCUUGCUGUAUCAGGUUUGAAAGUGAAUCGACUGGACAUGUAUGGAGAAAGAUACAAACCUUUUAAAGGUGUGAAAUACGUCACCAAAGCUGGGAACUUCCAAGUCAGAACAUGAGGCAAAAAAAGUUUCAGUCUUAAAAGAUGAUUUGUAAUCAAGCAUAAUGCGUAAUUUUGGAAUAUAUGCAAAUAUUCUGUCGUGUCAAUUAUAGGAUUUUCAUAAAUUGCUUUAAAGUAAAUGAACUCAUUCCAGGUAAAAUGAGAGUAAUAUUUCUAAAACAUUGUGAUCAACUGCCUUAAUCAUAAAAUUGUUUAAUAAUUAAGUGGUAUUAUGUACUUUUUAAAUGGGUAUUUUCCCAGGUCUUCUUGCUCAUUACAAGUGCACAUUUAGACAGUUUACAACUUAAUAAAAAAUGCUGUAGUUAAUACAUCUCAGUGCCAUAAGAAUCAUAUUGUAAUGCCUUAAGAUGCCAUGCUGUAGAAAUGAUAGAAUAUUGCCAAAUUGUGCUAGGAAACAUGUUCAUUGAAUAUGAAGUAUUCCAAUUAUGUUCACAUCUAUGGUGUAAUUGCUUGUAAACUAUUCAUCUUACAGUACAUGUAGCAACCAGUGGACAUUUUCCAACAGAGUUCAAUGCAAGUCCUUGUAAAUGUCAACUUACAUUUUUAGAACAGUGAAUUUUCUACUUGCUAAAGCAACAGUAACCAAAUAAAGGGAACUAUCAGCUAGUGUGAUACACGUGGCAAAUGUAGUGUUGACAAAUGUAUAUAUUGGAAGCAUAAAAUGUUUAGUCAGAUCUAAACUAUGCAUAGUUGGUUAUAAUUUGUUUUGUAACACUUUGUAUAUUGAAUUGUUGCUCAAUUGUCUUAGAUUUCCAAUGUACACUUCAGUGUUAGCUGAAUAUGUGGAAAUGCCAAGGUGCAAGUUUUGAAUGCGUUUUUGAGUUGAUAGUUUCACUGAUGUAUCUUAAAGGAAUUCUAACUGCAAUGUGCAUUUGUACAUUGCCCCCCCACUCGAACGCUUAUGUGCCCAGAACUCCAUCGAAGCAUUGGAGCAUCUAUAGUUUUAAAUCAAGUGAUGAAAAUGAUAUUGUGGAAAUUUAAGCAUUCCAAAGUUAAUUUUAAAUAAAAUGGUAACUUGUCA